AUGGUAGUAUAUAUAGACGAUAUGCUCGUUAAGUCUUUGAAUGCAGGUGACCACCUUAAGCAUUUGCCAGAAACAUUCGACAUCCUGAGGGAGCAUAACAUGAAACUUAACCCCGGGAAGUGCGCGUUCGGGGUCAACUCUGAAUGUCAACAAGCCUUGAAGGACUUCAAGAAGUACUUGUCAUGCCCUCCGUUGCUCUCAAAACCAAAAGAAGGUGAAAUAUUGCUAGCCUACCACGGGGUUUUAGAAGUUGUGGUAAGUGCAGUUUUAGUCCGAGAGGACGAAGGUACGCAAUCUCCCAUUUAUUAUGUUAGCAAAAUUCUAACGGGAGUGGAAACUCUCUACCCACAUUUGAAAAAAUUGGCCUUAGCUCUUGUAGUAGCUGCUCAGAAGCUGAGGCCCUACUUCCAAUGUCACCCAAUAGUUGUGGUGACUACUUUCCCUUUGCGGAACAUUCUUCAUAAGCCCGAUCUAUCGAGCAGAUUGGCUAAAUGGGCCGUUAAAAUGAGUGAAUUUGAUAUUGAAUACAAACCAAGGACUACAAUUAAGUCACAAGUAUUGGCUGACUUCAUGGCUGACCUAAGUAUGGGACUUUUGCCUCUGGCAGCCACGGAGGAAGUAAUGGUGUCAGAAUCAACAUCGGGUGUUUGGACCUUAUUUACGGACAGAGCUUCCAACGUAAAAGGGUCCGGGCUCGGAAUAGUCUUAACCACGCCAUCGGGGGAAACCUUAAGGCAAGCCAUCAGAAUGAUCCCUUUAACUAACAAUGAAGUAAAGUAUGAAGCUUUGAUUGUAGGGCUCGAACUGGCGCGGGGACUUGACUCCGACGUCAUUGAAAUCAAAUGUGAUUCACAGUUGGUGGUAAAUCAGGUCUACGGGAUCUUUGACACCAAAGAACAAUGUACGCAACAAUACGUGGCAAAGGUCCAGGCUCUGUUGGCACAAUUCCGGGAACGGUCAAUCACUCAUAUCCCGAGGGAGGAAAACACAGAAGCAGAUGCAUUGGCAAACUUGGGCACGUCGACAGAAAUCAAGGGAUCAGAAUUAGGGAUGGUAGUACAACUGAUGAAUUCAGUCUUGGAUACAGAUGGUUACUAUGAGGUGAAUUCGGCUAGUUUGGUCUGGGACUGGAGAAAUGAAAUAAUCGAUUAUCUCGAGCACGGGAAGUUGCCCGAAGACCCCAAAGCAUCACGAGCGUUACGCGCCAAAGCUGCAUGUUAUAGCUUCAAGAAAGGCCAAUUGUAUAGAAAAUCCUUUCAAGGCCCGUUGGCCCAGUGCUUAGGAGCGUCAGAAGCUAAUUAUGUCAUGAGAGAAGUUCAUGAAAGGAUAUGCGGCAACCACUCGGUAGCAGAUCUUUGGUGCUGA